UUCAGUCAGAGGCUCACAGUUUGUCUUCAAGCAGCUACAUCCCAGAAGUAACUCAAACCAUUAAGGACCCACACACGUUAAUUUUUGCAAAACAUUCCCUCUUCCCAAACAAACAAAGAGAGUAGCUACACACACAAUUAAUUUUCAUAUCUUCCCCCCUAUAUACCAUUUAGAUUCUAACAUGUAGUUCUUUUAGCUUGCUUUGAUUAAAAUCCCUUUUCUUUUCACCCCCUCUUGUAAUGGAGCAAGAAAGGUAUUGGAUGUGGACAAGGAGGAGACAUGGUUUGACUUCUCAUCAUCAUCAUCAUGUUGAAUCAUCAACAAAGGAGGGUGCAUAUUAUGCUUCAUGGGAAGAACAAGCUUUUGCAGAAGAUGCUUCUGGUACUCCUGGUGGGUGUAUAUGGCCACCAAGGUCAUAUUCUUGUAGCUUCUGUGGGAGAGAGUUUAGAUCAGCUCAAGCUCUGGGUGGUCAUAUGAAUGUUCAUAGGAGAGAUAGAGCUAGGCUAAAACAAUCCCCUCCAUCUCCAUCUCCUCCCCACCAUGAGCACCAUCAUCAUCAGAAUAACAUUCAGGAUCCCUUUUUGCCUUUGGGUUUUCCGUGCCAGCCUGAUGAGGUUUGUAACUUUCUUUAUAACCCUAACCCUAAUUCCAAUCAUGGUACUACUAAACAGGAUUGUCCAGGGCCUCCUCUUUUCUCUUCACCAAAACCAUGGUCAAACUUGACAGCUGACAGAUAUGGAGGAGACAAGAGUCCAAGAACCCUAGUUGUUCGAGAAACACACAAAGAAGACAUCACUGUCGGUUGUAAGAGAAAGAGAACCGAUGAUCAUACACCCACCAUGACCUUAUUACCAUUCUUCCUCGAGCCGAUUUCAAUUCAAAAGCACCAUCAUCAUCACCCACCAGCUGAUGAAGACAACAACAUAGAUCUUGAGCUAAGGCUUGGCGAUCCACCCAAGGUAAAAUAGUUUCAUCAUAAGACCAUAUUAUAACUGGUCCUUACUUUCUAUAAUCAUAUGUUUGUCUGUAAGACAGCACUGUGACCUCAUUUCCAUUAUGUUUGAUGAAAUUACUUUAUGACCUUUCACAUGGUGUAACAAAAAAAUUACAUAUGAUUGAAAUUUUUUUACUAUA